AUGGCGGGUUUGACUGUGAGGGACCCUGCGGUGGAUCGUUCACUUCGUUCUGUGUUCGUGGGGAACAUACCUUAUGAAGCUACUGAAGAACAGUUAAAGGACAUCUUUUCUGAAGUUGGACCUGUUGUUAGUUUCAGGUUGGUGUAUGACAGAGAGACAGGAAAACCAAAGGGCUAUGGCUUCUGUGAAUACCAAGACCAGGAGACAGCCCUUAGUGCCAUGCGGAACCUUAACGGGCGUGAGUUCAGUGGUAGAGCCCUUCGAGUAGAUAAUGCAGCUAGUGAGAAGAACAAAGAAGAACUGAAGAGCCUUGGCACUGGUGCCCCAGUCAUUGAGUCACCUUAUGGAGAGACAAUCAGUCCUGAGGAUGCCCCUGAGUCCAUUAGCAAAGCAGUUGCCAGUCUUCCACCAGAACAGAUGUUUGAACUGAUGAAACAAAUGAAGCUCUGUGUCCAAAAUAGUCCCCAGGAAGCACGAAACAUGUUGCUUCAGAACCCUCAGCUGGCCUAUGCCUUACUUCAAGCACAAGUGGUGAUGAGAAUUGUAGAUCCGGAAAUUGCACUGAAAAUUCUACAUCGCCAGACAAAUAUCCCAACACUGAUUACAGGCAACCCUCAACCAGUCCAUGGCUCUGUGCCUGGUCUAGGAUCCAGUGUGUCAGUGAACCAGCAAAAUCCUCAGGCUCCUCAGGCACAGUCUUUGGGUGGAAUGCACGUCAAUGGCGCACCUCCUCUGAUGCAAACUUCUAUGCAAGGUGGAGUUCCAGCACCAGGGCAAAUACCAGCUGCUGUAACAGGACCUGGCCCUGGUUCUUUACCUCCUGGAGGGGGAAUGCAGGCCCAGGUUGGAAUGCCAGGAAGUGGACCAGUGUCCUUAGAGCGGGGGCAAGUGCCAAUACAAGACCCCAGAGCAGCUAUGCAGCGUGGACCCUUGCCUGCCAAUGUUUCUACUCCUCGAGGUCUGUUAGGAGAUGCUCCAAAUGAUCCACGUGGAGGCACUUUACUUACUGUAACUGGAGAGGUUGAGCCUAGAGGUUAUAUGGGACCCCCUCAUCAAGGUCCAUCCAUGCACCAUGUCCCUGGCCAUGAUAACCGGGGCCCACCCCCACAUGAAAUGAGAGGAGGGCCAUUAACAGAGCCCAGACCUUUAAUGGCAGAGCCAAGAGGACCUAUGAUGGAUCAGAGGUGUUCACCCCUAGAUGGCAGAGGUGGAAGAGAUCCCCGAGGUAUGGAAGCACGAGCCAUGGAGGCAAGAGGCUUAGAAGCCCGAGCAAUGGAGGCCCGCAUAAUGGAAGUCAGAGGCUUGGAAGCCAGAGGCUUGGAUACAAGGGGCCCAGUCGCUGGUCCUAGAGGCCCUAUGCCUGGUGGAAUCCAAGGUCCUGGGCCAAUUAACCUGGGGGCUGUAGGACCCCAAGGGUCUAGACAGGUCCCAGUUAUGCAGGGAUCAGGCAUACAGGGAGCAGGCAUGCAAGGGGCAGGCAUGCAGAGUGGAGGUCAGCCUGUUGGCUUUAGUCCUGGGCAGAACCAAGUCACUCCACAGGAUCAUGAAAAGGCUGCUUUGAUUAUGCAGGUUCUUCAACUGACUGCAGACCAGAUUGCUAUGCUGCCUCCUGAACAAAGGCAGAGUAUCUUGAUCCUAAAGGAACAAAUACAGAAAUCUACUGGAGCACCUUGA